AUGGCACGAUUUUGGGGGCCAAUUAUAUCAAUAUCGAUCCUGGCCACAGCUUUGCCAGCCUGGUCCCAACAAGUUUCCGAAACUCAGCCCGUUGGCGCUCCUGUCUGGACUAGUAGUGGCCUCAUCGAGGGCCAUGCAGCGCCUCAGAGAUCCAAUGUCUCCGAAUACCUGGGCAUACCCUACGCUACGCCACCAACGGGAGGUCUGCGAUUCGCACGUCCAGUAGCAUACCGUUCCAAUUCUACUGUGCGCGCGAGUACCUAUAGUCCGUAUGUGGAAAUCAAUCCUUCAAUUGAGGCUCAAAGAAUUAUCCAAACAUUUGCCCAGCAGUUGGGCACGCCUCAGAGUGAAGAUUGCCUGUACCUGAAUGUGUGGACUAAACCUGAAACAUCUACCUUGAAGCCUGUGCUCGUCUUUAUCCACGGCGGUAGGUUCUCUUUAGGUGGUGCACACAGUCCAUACUAUGAUGGACAAAUCUUGGCCGAUGAGCAGGAGGUAGUGGUCGUAACGUUCAACUACCGAUUGAACAUCUUCGGUUUCUCUGGCGCACCCGGAUUCCCCCAGAACGUAGCGUUAUUCGACCAGCGUCUCGCAGUGGAAUGGGUCCAUCGCAACAUCCAAGCAUUCGGUGGAGACCCCAAUCGCAUCACGAUCUUCGGACAAUCAGCCGGCGGCGCAUCAGUCGACUACUACUCAUACAUCUGGACGGAGAAACCUCUCGUCAGCGGCCUCAUCUCCCACUCCGGAACAGCACUAAGCUUCAAGCCCAACACGCCUGAGGAAUCAGCCAGCUACUUCUACCACGUAUCCCAAACCCUAGGCUGCGGAAACAGUACCACCAAAACAAACCACAUCAUCCAAUGCCUCCGCCAACAACCCUACAAAUCAAUCCUGAAAGCCGUCGCCAGAGUGCCGCCCGCAUCUUCCCCCGUCCUCCCCCAACCCGUCUUCCACCCAACAGUAGACAACAUAACCGUCUUCAGCAACUACGCCGAAAGAUCAGCCACCGGAAACUUCAGCCGCAUCCCAUACCUGGUAACCAGCAACGCCAACGAAGCAGGCUACUACCGCGUCAGCGCCUACGCCGCCAACAUCUCCCACCCCGACCCCGUCUGGGACCUAUUCAACCAAGCCGCCUUCACCUGCCCCACGGGGCAAACAGCAGCGCACCGCGCCGCAGCCGGCGUGCCCACCUGGCAAUCGCGCUACUUCGGCGACUGGGACAAUCUCCGCCUGUACCCGUCCAGCGGCGCGUACCAUGGCAUCGACCUCCCCAUGGUCUUCGGCACCGCGAGCCAGAUCAGUGGGAUAGCUGACUCUGAGACGGAACGCGAGUUCGCAAGGUAUAUGGCGGCAGCGUGGGCUGCUUUUGCGGGGGAUCCUGUGCAUGGAUUGAGUCGGUUUGGGUGGCCGCAGUAUGAUGAGAGUGGGGAAACGCUUGUGGGCCUUGCUCAUAGAACUCGACCGGCGCGAGAUUCUUUGUUCCGUCGUCGUUUGAAUGGGGCUGUGGGGAGUUGGAUGGUGAUACCACGCCUGGGAAGGGUGCUUUUUAGUUAG